AUGGGAGUCGUCCCCGCCGGCGGCGGCGCCGCCCACCACCGCCGGGCUGAUUGGGUGACCAAACCCGCAAGGUUUUGGGGCUGUGAUUUUGGAGCAGGAGGCGGCGGCAACAUGGAAUAUAAGGCGAGAUCUACUGGGACUUCAGGAACUUCCACUAAAAGUUUCCGUGAUCUGUACAAUAUGAAGUACUCAGGCUACUUAAACGACGAACCGAUGCCGGAUGCUACAUCGGAAAAGGAGCAGGGAAAUGAGUAUUUCAAACAGAAGAAGUUCGCUGAUGCUAUUGAGUGCUAUUCCAGAAGUAUUGGGCUGUCUCCUGCAGCAAUCACAUUUGCAAAUAGAGCUAUGGCGUAUCUUAAACUAAGAAGAUUCAAGGAGGCAGAGGAUGAUUGCACUGAAGCUCUGAAUCUGGAUGAUCGCUAUAUUAAAGCAUACUCACGCCGAAUUACUGCACGAAAAGAACUUGGGAAGCUUAAGGAGGCAAUGGAUGAUGCUGAAUUUUCCAUCAGUCUUGAUCCAAACAAUCCAGAGCUAAGGAAGCAGUAUUCUGAGAUAAAAGCUUUGCACAUGGAGAAAAUGGCUAAAAAGGUUCCAGUGCCAGCUAAACUUGCAGUUUCUGGAAUUGAUAAAACUGCUGAUGUCACUUCUCACCCACCGACCAUCUCCCAGAAGGACACUAUCAUGGAAGUUGAUCCGCCUGUUAGAGAUGCAAUGAAGAUCAGAGAGAGUGCAGGCGGCAGGUCUAACGGAGGAUCUGGAGUAAUCAUCAAUGACAAUACCAUGCAGCAGCCCCAAGGUCAAGAUGCUAACCAGAAGCCUGGGCCAGAAGUUUCAGUUCAAGAUCUUGCAGCCCGUGCUGCUUCACGGUAUAUGGCCAGCACUGUAAAAAGCAUUAAGACACCAAAAACAGCUUAUGACUUUGAAGUUUCUUGGAGAGCUCUUUCUGAUGACACUGCCCAGCAAAUACAGUUAUUAAAGUCAAUUCCACCAGCAAGCUUACCAGAGAUUUUCAAGAACGCACUUUCUGCACCUUUUCUUAUUGACAUCGUGAAGUGUGCAGCCUCAAUUUUCUGGGAUGAUGCGGCAUUAGCUGUCAGUAUUUUGGAGAAUUUGGCUCAAGUUCCACGCUUUGACUUGAUAAUCAUGUGCCUUUCAUCCAUGCACAAAUCUGAACUGAGGAAGAUAUGGGAUCAAGUAUUCCUUGCUGAAAAAGCAUCGGCUGAUCAGAUGGGAGCUCUUAAGCAGCUGCGAGGCAGAUACGUUCCUGGAGGAUGGCAGGAUAGCAUGCUCACUUCGAGUUAA